GUUCUAUGAUCUUAAUUCAAACUUAACCUUAUAAAUCAAAUGUUUUAAAUUUUCGGAAUUUUACUGAGAUUGAAAAUUAUGGGAAUUAUCAGAGAAACUAGUAUACUGACAAUAAUUUUUUGUAUCGUCUUAGCCUAUACGUUUGUUGAAUCUUCAAAAUUGAAUGUUCCACGUGUUUUACUUCCAAUUUUCAAGGAUUUCAAUCCCAAUUUCACUCUAGAAGCAACGGAAGAAGAUGAUAGUUGUUUUAAAUGGAAAACAACUCUACCAGAAGCUUUGAAAUUGAUACCUCUUGAGGAAGACCCAUUCUUGAAAUGUUCAAAGAAAAUAAUUGUCACUGCUACUGGGAAAGUGAGUGUUAAGACUAUAGCUAUCGUUAUAGCAGAAGAUAUUAACAGUGACAACUCUUUGAGAUGUGUUGUUACAUUUGAUCAUAUCACCUCACUGUCUGUUGUAUCUAAAACCAGAGAAUUAUAUUUAACAGAAGCACCAGAAGUAUUUGAAAUAAGAGCCUUAGAUUCUCAAGGAAAUGAAUUCUCAUCAUUGCAAGGUGUGGAAUUUAACUGGAGGAUUCAGACUAUGGGUAGAGUUAAGGAUGCUGAAAUAAUCAGAUGUUUGCCAUUUAGUGUAUAUGAUUAUGAGGCUCCUGAUGAUAUAACACAAUUAGAAGCUCAAAAUAAGAAAGGCAAUAUGGCAGUAUUAGAAGGGGUUCAAACUGGAGCUGCAAAUGUCAUUGUGACCUUAUCAUAUGUAGAAUAUGCAUUUUUGGCUCCAUUGGAAGUUCCUAUGACGGUUGCUGCAAAUAUCAUUCUACAACCCUCCGAAGUGUUUUUGAUGGCUGGGGACUAUAUUCAAUAUACAGUCCACAUAAUUAAAAAUGGCGAAAUGGAACAAAUACCUUUACCAAGUCAAAAUCAAAAAUAUCAAAUAGAUACUAGAGAUUACAAGGUUGCCAAAGUUUCAAGAACUCACGGUUUGGUAUACGCCAUGGAUUUGGGAACAACUGAAGUUUAUUUAAUAGAUAAAAACCUGCCUUCUACUGAUGAUUCUUUUCUUAAACCUCCUUCUGCUGUUGUUCAUGUUGUUGUGCCCUACCACAUGACUCUGGCCGUAUUACCAUACAGAAAUUGGAAUGUUUUUAUUGGAGAAAAACAUGACGUAGUUGCUGAAGUGUUCACAAAAACGGAGCACAAACUGACUUUAGGUCUUGGAGUUCAAGUUGAUAUGUUAUUCAGUAGCCAUUUUCAAGUGGAAGAAAAAUCGAAAAAUGGUACUUGGAUAAGUGGUUGGUGUGCAAAGAAAGGGGUUGCAAUAAUAGAUGCUACUCUACAAACGGUAGCAAAUCCAGUUUAUGGGAGUUUCAAAAUGGAUAGGCCUAUACAAAGCAGAGGUGAAAUGAUGAUAUUUCCUCGAAUUAAAAUAACUCCGCCAGAAGUAAUGUUACCUUGGGACGAGAGUGUCAAACCAAAAUUCGAUAUAGACCUUGUGGCAAAAGGAGGCGAUGGCAAGUAUUUAUGGUCAACGAGUGAUCAUACAAGAGGUGUUGUUUCCCAGCAUGGUCAUGUAAGAACUCUGGGUGAUGGUUCAUUUGAAAUUUCGGCAGCUAUGAUGAGGAAUCAUCACAAUCGGGAAACUGUCAAAUUUGGCAUUCUCAGGCCUGCCAAACUAGAAAUAAUUGAGCAUGAUAUGGAAGUUGAAGUUGGAUAUCCUAUUCACAUACAUAUUGCUCUUUACGCGGAUAAACCACUUACAGAACUUGAAAGGGGGGUAUAUAUACCUUUUACAAGAUGUCAGGAACUCCCAUUUAAACUCAAAUUGUCUAAUGAUAGAUUUAGGCAAAAUCGCUCUGAUAUAAUAGAGCCUGUAGGAGUUUCUUGUGCAAAUAUGGCUUUAGUAGGUUUUUCACAUGGUUCUACUAAGGUAACAAUAUCUUACAUGGUCAAUGGAAAACUUCUAGAAGAUUCAGCCACAAUUUAUGCGUAUAAACCCAUUAAACUUGAACAACCAACAGCUGAUGUAGUAUUGGCUGUUGGUUCAUUAGGUCGACUGGUUUUCACUGGAGGUCCUCAGCCAGUUCUUUCAAAACCAAUGGAACAUUAUCGAGUUGUAACCACAUCCAAUCCAGAAAUAGCCUCAGUGAAAGAUAUAACCAAUCCUCAUUCCAUGUUGAUUGAGGAUUUUACUGUUAUUAAAGUUAUUUGUCUAAAACUAGGUGAAACUGACUUAUUAUUGAAAAUAAGUAAUAGUCCAAUAAUGCCUAAUUGUGGAACGUCCCCAGGCAGCGCAAGUGUCAAAAUAUACUGUAGUAAACCAAGAAGUAUUCAGUUAACUCCAGAAAUACAAGUUGUAGAUGUACACACUUGCCCUCUUGAUAUAACUGCUGAAAAUGUUAUGGUUCAAAGCAAUAGGGAUAUUGAAUUAGAUGUCAUUGUGUUGGAUCAUAUGGGACGUAGAUUUCUUAAUAUUUCAAGUUUCUUAUUUGAUUGGAGGGUUGAUUCAAAUGCAGAGUUAGGAACUAUGGCAGUGUAUUUGAGACCUCAUACAUUUGGUAGUGUUCUUAUACCCCACAGAAGCUAUCAAGUAGUAAAACCUAAAAUAGAUAAAGGAACAAUUGAUGUUUCUGCGAGUAUCAAAAGCUAUAAUAUGUCUUAUUUGGAACCACUUGGUAUUAUACCAGAAUGGCCAGAAUUUAUGACCCAAGACGAUCGACUAAAUGAUGCACUUCCUCCCAUUUCAACUAAACUUCAACUAACGCUUGUUGAGGAUAUAACAUUGAGUCCUAAUGAAUCUACUCUAUACAAUAAUCCUGGUAAUAAAGAAAUGAUUGACAUUCUUCAUGGCUCUGGGUAUUACCAGUUACACUUAAGUUCAGAUUCUAUUGCUCGAGUUAAAUAUUUAGAGAAAACUCAUCAAAUUGAAAUUGUUCCUGUAGAGACUGGAGAACUUAUUGUUCAAGUUGUUGAUUUAUGUUUACCUACAGCCCCUGUUACCGCAGUUAUCAAUAUAAUUGCUGUUGGUAUAAUAAGGGUUGAAAUGUCUGAUAAAAUUGAAGUUGGAAAAUGUAUACAUUCUACCGUUAGGCUUUAUGAUGAACAUGAUAAUCUCAUUAUGUUGGAAAGUAUUAGUAUAAUUGCCUUAAACUAUAUGCAAACAAAAGAAAUAGUAACACUCCAAAGGUUGUUAUAUGAUGAAGGUGAAAGCUGGCCUCCUGGUGAAGUGCAUUAUUUAGUAACUGGAAUAGAAGUUGGCAAAACAAAAUUGACAUUUUUAGUCAAUAAUGGUUUCCUAGAGGUACAGAGUGCUCCAAUAGAAAUACAAGUGUUUGAACCCUUAGAAAUCUAUCCCAAAAAUGGAUCUCUUUUAGUUGGGUCUUCUAUUCAAAUAACUACAAGGGGUGGCCCUAUACCUCAUCUUUCUUUAGAAUAUAUUGUGGAACCCUCAGAUAUUGCCACUGUAACCAAUAAAGGCAUCAUUACAGGAAAAGCUGUUGGUGAAACAAAAAUUAAUUGUAAAUCUAUCGGAUUACAUCCUACCACUGGUAAAAAAGUUGUAUAUUCAGAAGACAAAACAUCUUUGCGAGUAAUUAUUUUACCUUCCAUCAAAAUUUCUGCCCCCCUAAGCCGUUUUAAAGUAGGUGCUGAGGUUCCACUUUGGAUAAGUGGUAUUCCAGAAAGUCUCUCUCCGAUGGUUCUAGGAACUGUAGCAGAUCCAGCGAUUCAGUUUGAUUGGUAUCUAGAAGAUCAGCAAAUUGCUAAAUUAGAAUACCAGUUCGAAGAAGUUGGUAUUCUUUAUAAAAAGCAAGAUCGUAUUGCUGUGAAAUUGACUGGCCUUGUCCCAGGUCGUACUAAAGUUAUUUUGAAUGCCACAUUACCUGGCAAUUCAACCGAUUUGGAUGGAAAAAGUUUUGUUAUGUUCUCAACUUUUAUGGACAUAGAAGUGUUUGAUGAUUUGAAACUCACAGUACCCAAUAGAUUUAUUAAAUCUUGGAUUCUUAUUGCUCCUCAUUCUCAUUUGAGAUUGGAAACAAAUUUUGAUGACACACCUAGUAUUUCAUAUAAAUUACAAGGGCAAUUUUCUAUGAAAGAAAGAAUAUUAGAAAAGGAAAAAGAAAUAAUUGCAUUCAAUGGUAUCGUUGGGCUCUCUAAAACUGGGAAUAUUGUAACAUAUGACUCUCUUGGAACCUCUCUUAUUAUUGUAACAGCUAGAGAUGAAUACGGACUAAAACAAGAAUUGCUUAUAAUUGUUGAGGUAAAAGAGGUACACUAUAUGAUGUUUGAGGUGAAAUCUGAUUGGUAUUCUCCUGCAACAAAGAACUUAAGAUACUUACCAGGAGGCGUCGAAUUUGAAUUGCAAGCCGCUUAUUAUGACAAUAUUGGAAAUAAAUUCGAUGCUGGUCCAGUGAAUGUUCAAAUACGUAAUAGUAGAUGUGAUCUGGUACGUGUGAAAACAGGAUCAACAAAUAGCUCAGUCCAUAUUUCGACAAAGAAGCUUGGGCAUACUGUAUUGAAAAUGUGGGCAGAUGGUAUCAAGAACACAGCUUUUUACGUAAAAUUACAUGUGGAGUUAUGUAUCAAACCGACAUUGACCCAUUUGACGAGAGGAGAUAUAGUUUGUUUAUUCAGUCCUCUUGUUUCACGAGGUUAUCACGGUCAUUGGUUAUCCAGUGAUAAAACUCUAGUGAGCUUCAUAGAUGGCGCUGAAGAUAUAGCUAUUGUUUCUGGAAACAGGGAGGGGAUGGUUGUUCUAACCAAUUCGUUGCAUCCAUCUGCACCUAAACACCUCCAAGUUUUACCAGUGAGAGACAUUGUUUUAACGCCUGCAGAGCAAGGAACCAUAAUCACAAAUUCAGAAGUGAAUACUGUGUUCAGAACACACGUAGUUUUGCAUAGUGAAUUGAGCGUCGAUAUCAAAUUCAGCAAUUUGAUUGCUGGAUUUCCUUGUCAUGACCAUGUCAGCAAAAUGAUCACAGAUUACCCGUUUUCCUGUCACAUAGCUUUCACCAAUAGAUCAAAAACAAUCAAAGCAAAUGAUCUUUUCAAAGUGAGGAGUAUAUUUUUACCAUCUACAGGACAAUAUGCUUGUGAGGUGAUGAGUUUGGGAAAAAAUCAAUCAGAAGCUAGUGUCUUGGAAACAGCCGUUUAUAUAUUUGCCAUGAGUUUGGAUGAUCCAGAUAUUGUCUCACACAAACUGAAAGUACCGUUUUUACCUGGAGUAUGGGCGCCGUCAGAAAUAAAUUUGAAUGAGAACGGAAUUGGACAGCUAAGCAUCACUGGUCUACCGAAAAUCCUGAAUGAAUUGAUGGUCUUUCCUUCCGACUCAAGUAUAUUGUACGUAAGUAAUGGUAAAACAGAUGGGUAUAGAGUUAUUCAUGAUAUACAAGUUCUGGAUUACCAUUGGAGACUUGCUGAUGUAUCAGAUGCAAUGAGUAUUAUAAUCGUAUCUAGAUUGACAAACCAGACUUUUCCUGUUCUAGUUAAAGUCAAAUCAGGUUUUAGUAUGGGUGAAGCAUGUCUGGCAAAACAAGCUCCAAUAAUGGCUUUUUUGCACAAAUACAGACAUAGUUUAGCGAUUAUAUGUUCGAUGCUGGUUAUAUUCUUCACUUCUUUUUAUGCUUAUUCAAGAUACCUACAGCCUGUUGUGAAUGUGAAUCUGGUUGAAGGGCGUUCUAUGUCGACAGGAAGAACUGCUAGUCCAAGUUGUGCAGCGAUCGGCAACUAUUCAAUCAACACUAAUUCAGCUCAUCCUCCAAAUUGUCCUUGUACACCAUGUGCAGGCCGAAAUGAACCUGUCUAUGGAGAUGUGAGUACCUUCUACAAUACUAGUCCCGAAAUUAGAAGAAACCGUAGAUUUCUGUGAAAAUCGAUAUUUUAGUUUCAAGGAUCGAUCUGAUAAUUUUCUAAUUCAGCGUAUAUAAGAAUAUGCAUUUUGUCGUAUUUGACCAAAUAAAUCAAUCAAAUUAUUGUUUAUUCAACACAAAAUAUAUGUGAAAACAAUAUGGAUUUGUUUAUCUGACUUUUUCUUAUGAAAUGUAUUUGCAAUAAUAUAUUUUGAAAAACUAAA